UUAUUCAGCUCAAAUGUUUGUUGGGUUACAUCGAGGUAUGAUUGUAUCGACAAUUUCAAUGAUGGAAACGAAAACUGUGAUUGUCUAGCUGUCUUACGAAUAUAAGAAAUACCGUUAAUCACAAUGAAAUCUGUGAACAAUCACCAAUUGAAACAAAUCGACCUAUAUUGCAGCCAUUCAGGAGCCAUCUCGGGUGCUGCAAAAAAAAACACCUGAAAAACAGAUGGAAACUGCUUAAAAUAGGUUCGGGGUAAUUGGAAUAGUAUCCCUCGAUUGGUAAGUUUAAUUGAUUAUCGUUAAAGUUUGCUAACUUAGUUUUACAAUCUGAAAACAAGUUCUGACAGAGAAAACGAUUAAGAACAGAUUGAUAUACUACUGUUUGAAUUUCACCCAACACAUUUCGAGUAUUUCGUCUGAAUACACAGGCGGUUCCUAAAGCUGCUUAGAAUAUGUUCCUUACCCUAGCUUGAGCUUGAACGACCGCACAAUUCGUAGUUGCUACUCGGUGAUAGAUCUAAGCUUAUGAAGUUGCACAAAGAACCACCGUAAGAAAGCUACAAUUUACAAUUUUCAACGUACAACAACUCAGUAGAUUCCGCUUUGCGUAGAUCAAUAACGGUGCCGGCUUCGUCCUUUCGGUCGGUUAAGAAAAAAAAAAAGAAUGAAGUGUUACUAUCGCUAUUGUCAGAGAACGAGUUUUCCUAUGCAUUUCUGACGACUAUAACGGAAAAAGGACGGUUACUUUGUCGCACGCCUUUUUACAGACUCUACUGCUCUUCUUAACCGGGCCUCGUAGGUUAUACUGCCUAGAUCGGCAAUUGUAACUUGUAAUGACUUUCUGGAGUUCAGCGCAAGGAAAGGGACCUGAGAAUGGGUGGAAGUCCUUUUGACUUCUUUCUGAGAUUCCACUCAUGACCAUUCACUAUUUUUUACCCUAUUAAAUACGAUUAUUUGCUCACGGCAAUUUCACAUUUUCAUUUGAAAUUGAAGACAUUUUGGAUGCAUUCUUUUUGAAAAGACGGAAAUAGGUAAUUAUCACCAAGUAGUAAUCUGCCCUAUUCACUUCUCAAUGGUAACUCUAAUGAUUUCAGCGGAUUAUUAUGUUGACAAACUAAUGCCGAUUAAACUUUUAUCGUCUCUUCUAUAUACUACAACAAUUCGAGACUCACCCACUACCGACAGCGUGAGUGGGAAAAAAGUAUACCGCAAAGCACUUGCAAAUCUGCAAGCACUUAGAAGUUAGAGCAAUAGGAGUCACUCACAUUCGCAAGAGAAUUGAUUAUUUUUAGCCUCUGCUUUCCAAAGUCGGUUCCCGAUUGUGUACAAGUACAGCACGCAUCUCAGUUGGUUGUGAGCCACUGGUUAGCUCGUGUGUCCGUAUCGUGUCUCGUUACUAAUAAUUUUCUUUUGCGUGGUGUGCCCUUUUAUGUGCAUCGGUUGUUGAUUAAAGUCGGAAUUAUGCCUAGCGUGGGCGUAUUUCCAACGGCGCGAUUCCUUUUGGCCGUCUCAUUGUUAAGUCUGGGGGGAAAUGGUUUUGCAGCUGGAGUUACCUUAUUUCCUUCGAAUGCGUUAGCGAUUAGGCAGGGCGCGGGAUUUUUAGUCUAUCUCGUACCAGAUCAAUUAGGAGAUCCGGUCCACUGGACACACUGCUCGGUGCAGGUUGGAGGGAACGAUUACAGCCUGGACGAUAGCCAAGUGCACGUGGUUGGCGUGGAAACUAGGGUGCAGCGUUUUAGUGCGGAUAUUUGUGGCAUUCGUGUGGAGAACAUACAAAAAGAUUUGGAACAAACUUGGACGAUAUCGGCAUCAGGAGCUAAUGAUUCGAAUAAAGUUCAACAGCAACUGGUGCUAACUGUAAUAGUUCCAAAGAAGGUUAGCACUCUGAACGUCACCAUUAGCGAUACGGCAAAGUCUUUUACCGUGAGCUGUCCCGAAGAUAGUUCCCGGCGAUACUGUCGCAUUCGGGACCAGGCGGGUAAAAUUUACGACGACUGCUCGCGAUCGUUUGAGGUCACCUGGGAAACGGCACGGUUUUGGUGCCGCAUUCUAUACUGGGGCGAUAUGGAUGAAAGCGAGACCGUAAUCAAUGUGAACGUCGAGAAGAGUAUGCGAGAUGUAACGAUGUCGCUGGCAGAGGAUAACUCACAUGUUGUUCUGACUUGUCAAUAUCUGAGCCGUGUGAGUCCCUGUCGGGCGGUUUCCGUUGCUAGCGAACGGCAAAUGAUGCUGCUGGAUGGCCAUCUGGUUGAUCGUUACUCGGCUUACGAUACGAGAAUCGAAACUGGCAAAUGCAGCCUGGAAAUACGCAAACCUCUCGCCCCGGAAGAUUACGGCGUGUGGCGCAUUUUUCUAGUACUUUCCAACAGCGAUUACAGUGGAUGUGUGUUCAAUAUACCUCAUAGUGGAAGAGACGAGUCAUCCUCGUCGCUGGAGGAAAUCCCAGCAGAACAAGACACCGAACUGAUUGAGGUGUUUCACGAUCAGCGAACUCCAACGACAACACAUACUGAACUGAGCUGUGAGGUACCUUAUCCAAUUGACUAUUGCUACCUGUCAGGACCAGAAGGUGGCGGCUACGAGCCGGACAGAUUUAACCGUCUCAAAUCGCUGGGAAUUUGCAGUUUUGUUGUGCAGAAUAUUACGACUGGUAAGUGGGCUUGCGGUGUUAAUGAUGACAGUGGAGGCGAGGACCGGAUGAGUUAUUUCAACGUGAAGGUAUACGAACAACCGGGAUGGGCCAUUACACCACACAUAACGGCCAGUGCUGGUGAUGAAAACAAGCAGAUGCUUUGUAAAACAAUUUUAAACUUACCGAUCGAAUUGUGUCGCUUCAUUAGUCCAACGGGAGAAGUGCACGGCCUAUCGGACAAUUUAAUACCAAAUGACGAAUCCAGAUUCCGUUACUAUGGUGAAGGGUUGAGAGCCGGUCAAUGUGGGCUGGAAAUUGUAAAGCUUGAACGGGAAGAUUUUGGUCGCUGGAAAUGUUCGAUUCGAGUUCAAGGAGCAGAGUAUGCAAUCGAUGUGGACCUGGCCGAAGAAGUUGUGAGCAAAACUACCGUGGUGGCCAUCUCGGUUAGUGUGACGGUUGUUGCGGUCCUCAUUGCGGCGUUCUUCGCUUUCAAGAAGUUCUACAGACGACGAAUUCCUUAUCGUGCUGCGCUGCACGUAAGUGGGUUGUAGCGAGCCGUAGAUGUUUGGUGUGUUAAUGUUGCCUAAAUCUGUUUCUCUCGUCGGGUCAGACCAAUGAUGUAUUUUUCGUACGCGCGGUAGGUGCUUUUUUUUCAAGAGCACAAUUUGACCAAAAUUUGUAUAAAUUUAACUUUUCUUAAAUUUAACUCAAAAACAAUUUUGAGUAACUUUAAGAAAGUUAACAAAAUUGUUGUUUGAAAGAGGUUUUAGAAAAAACAUUUCAAUUACAUUUCGAAAAGGGCACUUAAUUGUGGAAGGGGAGGAACGGAAGAUGGUAGGCUUGUUCUAACAUUUGGAUUUGAUUUAACCGCAUUGUUUUACGCUAAUUUUCUGGGAAGAUUCAAAAUUAACUGUAUCUUAUUCUAAAAUAUUUCACAGCAUCCGUAUGUGUGUCAUUUUAAAAUGGGAUGUAAGGUCAAGGCAUAAUUUAAAAAAAAAACUACUGUUUAAUUUGGAGUUUAUAUUCAUGUCGUAAUUUGUAAAGCCUGAAUAAAUUAAAAAACGAAAA